UCUGGGGGCUCUGGAUGAAGCAAACCCAUUUUCACUGGGCAGGACAUGUCAUUCAAAGGCCAAGGUCAGUGCAGAGAGGGAGAAGAUGGGAUCAGAACCCACACGGGUGAAUUUGGGGGAGGCAGUUGCCUUCUUUGGCCUCAGGAGGAGAUCUGCGUGGCUGAUCUUCAAGGUCCAAGCUCCUCCUCCCAAGGCAGCCACUGUCCUGGCCUCCCCUGCUUCCGGUGGGACUUCCUCCAGGCCUUGCACCUCUUAGUUCCUCAGAGAAGAGCCCAGAGAGUCAGACUUCUGGUGGCCCUGCAGCUUCAGCUCGACAUGCUGCUGUUGCUGCUGCUGCUCUGGGGAAUGAAAGGGGUAGAGGGUGGGCCUGAGGCCAUGGAGGGUUACACCCUGAGUGUGGAAAGGGAGGUGGUGGUACAAGAGGGCCUGUGUAUCCUUGUACCUUGUAGGUUCACCUACCCCGAGGGGAAAUGGACUGACUCAGACCCGAUUCAUGGCUACUGGUUCCGUGGUGGAGCCAAAACAGGGAGUGAUUUCCCAGUGGCCACAAAUAACACACAAAGGCCAGUACUGAAGGAGACCCAGGGCCGAUUCUUCCUGCUGGGAGACCCACAGAAGAACGACUGCUCCCUGGACAUCAGAAAGACCAGGAAGGAGGACACAGGCUCGUACUUCUUUCGCCUGGAAAGGGGAGAUGCGAAGUAUAAUUAUAUUUUGAACACGAUGACUCUGCAUGUGACAGCCCUCACUAACACCCCCCACAUCCUUAUCCCGGAGACCCUGGAGGCUGGACGUCCCAGCAACCUGACCUGCUCUGCGCCUUGGGCCUGUGAGCCCCCCACCUUCUCCUGGACUGGAACCUCUGUGUCACUCUUGAGCACCAAUGCCUCAGUGCUGACCAUCAUCCCCCAGCCCUGGGACCAUGGCACCAACCUCACUUGUCAGGUGACCCUGCCUGGAACUGGUGUGACCACAAGGACGACCAUCCAUCUCAAUGUGUCAUAUGCUCCAAAGAAUCUGACUGUGACCAUCUAUCAAGGAGCUGACCCAGAAUCCAUAAUCCUGAAGAACGGCUCAUCUCUUUCCGUCUCUGAGGGCCAGUCUCUACGCCUCUUCUGUAGCACUGACAGCUAUCCCCCUGCGAACCUGAGCUGGACCUGGGGUAAUCUGAGUCUGUGCCCCUCGAAGCUGUCCAAACCUGGGCUCCUGGAGCUGUUUCCAGUGCAUCUUAAGCAUGGAGGAGUGUACACCUGCCAAGCUCAGCAUGCCCUGGGCUCCCAGCACAUUUCCCUGAGCCUGCAUCCACAGCGCAGUGCAGCGUUAUCAGAAAUGACUGUGGGGGCCUUUGUGGGUGCAGGAGCCACGGCCCUCCUCUUCCUGUUUUGCUGCAUCCUUCUCCUGGUGGUAAGAUCGUAUAGGAGACCAGCCAGGCCAGCUUCAGCAGCUCCGGAUCCAGAUGCCCUCAAGGGCUCUGUUUCUCAGAGUCCCCUGGUUGAACCCCAGGCAGAUGACAGCCUCGAACCCCUGCCUCCCACAGUUGAGGCGGCCCCCUCAUCCACAGAGGAAGAGGUACAUUAUGCAUCCCUCAACUUCCAUGAGAUGAAGCCCAGGAAUCCACAGGGGCAGCAGGACACCACCACCGAGUACUCGGAGAUAAUGUCCAACAAGUGACCUGCAUGGCUGUGAUGUGACCACGUUUGGAGGGAGCCCAGCUGCCACAGGGUGAGAGACACCAGAUGCUGGCUGGUUCUAGAGAAGGAAAGAGUCCACCAGGUCAACAUGCCCUGUACAUGACUUCAGAGCUGCUCCUACAUCACACAGGAGUUCUGCUACUGCUCAUGCCCCUGCACUCCCUGUCCACCCAAUCCCCAGGCUCUGGCAACCACCAUUGUGCCCAGGAAAUCAUAAACUUGACUUUCUUUCAAUUGUA